UCCUGUAAUUUUACAAAUCAAUAUUUCAAAUAUAUAAGAACAAUAUCAUACCAAUGAAGAUUGUGCCAAAAUAUAGAGUAAUGAACAACACAUCACCAUGGUGUAAGAGAAAAGAAAAAAAAAUAUUAACGGUAGCAAACACACAAUUUUACCCCUGGUGGGACUCGAACCCACAAUCCCCGGUUUAGGAGACCGAUGCCUUAUCCAUUAGGCCACAGGGGCAGCUGAAUUCCAAGAUGGGGCGAUACGUAUACAUACGACAAAGUAAGAAAUCAAAAGAAACCUCUUACAUCAAGCAUAGGUAUCGCGGCUGAAUACAAACGAUGUGUACGGGCGCAGAAUCGACACCUCGACUGGAUAUAUGCAACGUUUAAAUGCCUAGAAUCGACACCUCGGCGGAUAUAUGCGACGUCUGGGUCCCAAUGUUUGUUGCAUAUAUCCAGCUUUUACUGUAUACUGCUAAAUAUAAGACCACUAAAUAUGCUGCUCGGUGUCACAACACGCUUGCAUAAACGAAGCCUGCUUGAGCCAAUUGGAGUUAACAUGCGCAGAACGAACGAAAACUCGUAGCAUGACAGGUAUUUUGAAAAAAUGAAGCUAUGGUUUCAAAUGAAGACCACAAAAGAAGAAUUUGAUUGUGAGGCAAGGAAUAUUAUGACAGAGGAUCAAGUUCAUCUUCACAAUGAGUUUCUUCUUUGCCUGUUCAAUAAAGUUAGAGGUUUAGCUGCUGCUGCACCUAUUCGUAAAAUAGACAGAGAGAAAGCUAUAAAAGAAAAGAGGCUAAGAUUAAAACGUAAAUACAAAACUGAUAAGUCAAAUUUUGAGCCUGCAGAUAUAUAUGUUGAGGUUUUGAGCCAAACUUCAUCACCUGUUGGGGAUGAACCUAUUGGAGCAAAUCGCUCUAGUGCCCAAGAACUCGUGUUGCCAGAUAGAACUUUUGUUUUAGCAAGAUUAAUGCUGGCAGCAUGGGAAAAUAAUAUGGAUGGAGCAGAAGAGAAUACUGCCCACAUAGUUAUAGCUGCCACACAAAUCUUUUUAAAAAAUAUACUUACAGCAAUAUUUACAAGAAGAAAGGGGUAUGCUGUAAGGGAUGGCUCUUUUAUUUAUAAUAUCGGAGAACCAGUACCUAGUUCAUGGAAAAGAAACUCUAUUCACAUAUCCCGUCCAUCGGACUAUAAUGUUACAGAAAUGGUAGAUCCUUAUGGUCAAGUACCUACAAUCAAACCAAAUUUUGAAGAAGCAGAACAAGCAACAGCAUUUGCUUAUGCAUGUUCUUCUCAAACUAUUCCCCCUCCAUUAAAACCUGUUAAUACAGCUGAUUUACAAUAUACGCUGAAGAUAUACAAAAAUCUUGUCAAUAGCCAUACUAUUUAUGCUACUAACAUGGAACGUUUAUUUACAUACGCAACGCAUCAGACAUGGGAAGAUCUAGAAGCUAAAAAAUUAUUAAACUAUCAACCUGCAACAUAGUUAAUUAUUUCUGUAAAUAAAUAACAAUUUAAGGUGAA